AUGGCGAUCGUGAGCCCUAACUUUUGUGCACCGUACCCAGUAGAUUUGGGAAUCGUACGAAAGGUGAUGACGAUAACAGAUGGUAACUUCGCCGUCACCGACGUCAACGGAAACCUCCUUUUCAAAGUCAAAGAGCCAUUGUUUAGUCUUUCCGACAAAAGGCUCUUACUGGAUGCAGCAGACACUCCCAUUUUAACUUUGAAAGAAAAUAAGGUGAGCCUUCACGACAGGUGGCAGGUGUUCAGAGGAAAGAGUUCAGACCAUAAUGAUUUGGUAUUCACAUUGAAGCGAUCGUCGAUGUUUCAACUGAUUAAGCCAAAGCUAGAUGUUUUCUUGGCUCAUAAUAAGGAAAUGAAGGAAUGUGACUUCCAUGUCAAAGGAAGUUGGAUCGACCGGUCAUGUACAGUCUACGCUGGCAAAUCUGAUGUCAUUGUUGCUCAGAUGCACAAGAAGCAUACUGCACAAAGCAUAUUGAUUGGGAAGAGUAAUUUCUCGGUUACUGUUUAUCCGAAUGUUGAUUAUGCGUUUAUAGUCUCUCUCAUUGUAAUUCUCGAUGACAUUAACCGAGAAGACUCUGAAGACUAA